AUGUCCUCUGCUCUGCUACGUUUGUUCAGAACUACUCAGCCGCGUAUAUGGUCCCAGCCUCGACCAUGCCUUCAACGCAGCAUCCGAUAUUUUCCUCCUGCUCUCACUGAUCUUAGUCCAGAACCCCCCUCUCUCGAGGAAAUCAAGCAUGAAGAGGAACUUGCCGCUCGAGAGGAAGAACUCGCCGAGGCGAUGGAGAAGGAAGCUGAAAGUGCUCCUACUCCAACUGAGGAUCAAAGUGCCGCCCCCUCUGACACCUCGUUCAAAUUGUUCAUGAAGGAUACUGCCCCGAAAUUCAAGUUCGCUGCUCCGAACAAUUGGUUGGGUGGCAAUGUGCCAUUUCCUCUGAAUAGGUCCUUCGUGCCCCCUCCCCCAAUAUCUGAUAAACAAAGAAGUGAAAUGUACAGACUUUAUAUGCUUGAUCCGGAGAAGUACAGCGUUCGCGCCUUAUCCCAGAAGUUCCACGUUAGUUUGGACCGUGUAGAUGCUAUAUUGCGCUUGAAAGGUAUGGAAAGUGCAUGGGUUAAGGGAAAUACAUUACAAACCGGUUUUGUGACAGGGAUGGAAAGAAUUCUCGGUGUACCUCAGUUUACUGCUGACGCCAUAAACACGGAAGGCAUGGAAACAAAUGAAGCAAUGUUAGUGCUCCGUCACGACGUUCAUGAAGCAGACAUGAUGGAGGAGGCCGAAAAAAAUGAUCCUGCCCGUCAACGGUAUCAACGAAUGUACUGGGAAUCGCUUCCUGAAUUUGCUGGAGAAGCAACCGUUCCCGCGUCUCUCGAACGUAGUAGAAGAACGGCCGAGCGGUUGGCUGCGAAAGCUGCCCAAGCGAAGGCCCGCAAAUAUCUUCCCGUUAUUCCCGACACCGAUACGAUUCAAACACCCAAAGCACUUGUCCAGGUAUCCUCCAAAGCAGGUCGACCAGACAUUCACUUCAUUGACGUGGGCACGAAAUUCUUGGACAUUACCAGUGAAACGAAACGUUUGGCUCAUAUAGAGACGCGUGCCAGAUUACGGGCGAAGAAAGUGGCUCAGAAGCAAAGGUUAACAGUAUAA